UUUCCCGUUCUGAACGUAAACAAACAGGCUUAGCAUUAGCAUUAGCAUUAGCAUUAGAUUUUUCUGUCUCGGCUGGCCAAACUUGGAGUCUCUGCUGGAGUCCACGGUCAGUCUGGAUGAUGGUGAAACAGCAGCAGAGACGCACAGAUCGGUGUUUUUUACCCGGGGGCAGUAAUAAUGUGACGCUGGUUCGAUUCCCGACUCCACAGAGAUGUCCUCAUCCGUCACAUGAAGGACACCAACCUCCUCAGGCUCCAGUGAGAGAAACGCAGGGAGAACACGGAGAACCUGAGACUAAAAGGAUCUGCAUUUCUGGAUCGGAGCAGAGUUUGGACAGAGAGACUGCUCCAGAGUCAUGUGACCAAACAGGAAGUAACAUGUGCUCCUCAGAAGACCGACUGAGUCCUGGAGAUGAGAGUGUCCAGCAGGUGGUGCUAGAGAACAACGAGGACAACAGAGCAACAGAGUUGGCGUCUGGAGGGUGUCUGAAGGUGACGAUCCAGAGGAGCAGUGAGAGUCGAGAGUUUGGGGAGAAGGACCCUGCCAACGAGCGCUUCACCUGUCACCUGUGCCACUGCACCUGCCCGUCUGCGCAGUCGUUCCAUGAGCACAUGAGUGGAGUGGAUCAUAAUCGCAGACUGCAGCAGGUUUCACAGAGCGUCACACAACCCGGUUGUGCGGCGGUGGUGUUGCAGGAGUCCUGUAGGCGGCGCCGUAGAGCCUCUGUGCGCUGGUGUGACGUGUGUCAGAGCAACUUCACCGGAGACGUGAUUCUGCACAGACGCACAAUACAACACAAGGAGUGUAAGAAGUGGUCUCGGCCGUUCUGCUCCGUGUGUCACCGACUCUUCAGAACUCCACGGAAGUUUGUGGAGCACAUGAAGAGCCCCGCCCACAAACAGAAGGUCCAGUUGGAGAAAUCUCAGGAAGACGACAUGAUCACCGUGGACGCCGUGGGCUGCUUCGAAACUGAAACCAAGGAGGGAGGAGACAAGGAAAGAGAGGAGACUUCAGAAGGAGACAAGGAUGCACAGCUAGGAGAGAGACUAGGAAGCAUAGACUUAGAACAGAGAGGAGACAAGGAGAAAGGAGAUAAGGAACUAGAAGGCAAGGACAUAGGAGACAAGGGCAUAAGGAAGGGAGCAAAACAAGGAGACCAAGAAGAAGAAAUGGAAUUGGACCAGAAAGAAAACCGAGCAAGAGGAGAUGAGGACAUAGGAGAGAAGGAGAGAGGAGACAAGGAGCAAGGAAACAAGGAGAGAGGAGACAGGGAUGUAGGAGAGAACGAGAGAGGAGACAAGGAGAGAGGAAAUAAGGAGAGAGAAGACAAGGACAUAAGAGAGAAGGAGCAAGGAGACGAGGACAUAGAGGAGAAGGAGAGAGGAGACAAGGGCAUAGAGGAGAAGGAGAGAGGAGACAGGGACAUAGAGGAGAAGGAGAGAGGAGACAGGGACAUAGGAGAGAAGGAGAGAGGAGACAAGGACAUAGGAGAGAAGGAGAGAGGAGAUGAGGACAUAGGAGACGAGGAGGGAUUUGACGCGGAGGAUCUGACGGUGGACGACUUUAAACGUUUUGCGCAGGACGACGUCAGGAGAGACUCGACACAGGAGUUGAACCCUCAACCCGCCCACGGCGAGUCGUUCGUCGUCCCCGUCAGCGGUUUCUUCUGUCUCUUGUGUCAUAAAUUUUUCUUCAGAGAAACAUCAGCACGAGAACAACACUGCAGCUCCCCCCAGCACCUCCAGAGAGUACUACAGAGGUGAGGUGGACCAGACUCACGCUUCACAGUGACGAGGUUCAGGGUUCGAGUCCCGGGUCCCUCAGGUGAAAACACUCUGACUCCAAAUGAGUUUAGACUGUGGAAAGGAAAAGACGUCGUGUUUGUCUUUGUUUCUCUGGACUGGACGUCUACAGCGUGAACACUUGGACCAAAAGGCUCUGAAGAAGAAAUGAUUUUAGAGAGUUUUUAAAAAGGUCCAGCAGAGGGCGCUGUUUAUUCACGAGAAACAACAGUAGAACUUUCCCCAAAGAUUUUUUUUUAAUGUAUGUUUAUUAAGAACAUCACAAUCACAUUAGACAAACCAGAUGGAUUGGUUUGAGUGUUUUAGCACAAGUGCCAGUUUUCAACACCUGCCCAUAGAAAAAAUAAAUAAAAAUUACAUGCAUAAAAACAGACAAGACAAGACACACAUGGACCCGGUCAAGCAGAAGUAAACAUCAAGGCCAAAAAUUCAAGUUAAUUCAUCUGAUAUAAAAAUGUAUUGAACAGAUACAUAUGUACUCUAGUUUAUGAAACUGUUGACCUUUUUUCUGGACCAUUUUUGGUUCUAAAGUUCCAUCCGUUUUAAACAGACCAUGUAUGAAACAUGGAACAAAAAUUAUUUCCCAAAUUUCAAAGACCUGCAAAUCAUGUAAAUAAAUG